AAGUGAUGACGUAGUUCACGGAUCCAAGGGGGAUAACACCGACUUUCGUUUCAAGGAAAUAGAGAAAAAGACAAUACAAACAUUUCAGUGCAUGCGGCGUUAACAUUAACGACUACAUAAUGAUGCCAGUUGCUGGUAAUGAAUAUGGUUAUGGAGGUGAACAGCAGAUUGACUACAAGGGAAAGUAUAAGACUCUAAAGAAGAAAUUAAAGCUCCUGGUUUAUGAGCAAGAAUGUUUCCUGGAAGAAUUACGGAAAGCCCAGAGGAAGCUGUUGAAGGUGUCACGGGACAGGAGUUUUCUGCUGGAUCGGCUGCUGCAGUAUGAGAAGGUGAAUGACUCCUCCGGAGACAGCGAUGCUACAGCCUCCAGUGACAGUGAUGGAGAUGGGCACAAGGACACCCCAGCCAAAAAGCGGAAGUUGGCGAGUGUGAGUCCGGGGCAGUCGGGGGUACCGCCGGAACUGGCUCAUCUGAUUGGAGGUGCCGGCAUGGCUGGGCUGUCUACACAGGUGUCGGGGUCAGCUGGAGGCGACAGUGGAAAGAAGAAGAAGAGCAGUUUGAAGAAAGGAAAACCUAACCCAAAGUCCUCAGAGCGCAAGUCGGUGAAGAGCCAGCCUGGUCAGAUGACUCGAGAGGAGCUGGAGCGCCACCUAGAUGCGAAACAGAACUCAUUUGGCAUCGAGAAGGCUCCAACGCUUCUUCCCAUGGAAAUCUUCAGCAACGACAACUCCAACCCAGACAGGUAUCAAUCUGCCAUAUUGGAAAGGGGAGAAAGUCUCUGGUCUGGUGGGUGUGUAAUGCCGACACCAGCAACCUAAUAUGCCAUCGUCCACCUGCAUGUUAUGCUUGCAGCAGAUGAUUCUGAGUGACAUCAUGGGAGGGGAGGAGGAUGACACCGACCUCAUCAUCGACGUCCCCAACUGAGGCGCUGCGAGAUUCCUUCACGUUCAUACUCACAGGUCAUGGCUGUCCAGUCCAGUGGAUUUCUGGCUAGGACUGUGGCUGUAGACUUACUCUCGGUCACAUCUGCACAUGUGUCACUUGACAGAAGAAACUUGUGAACAAGACAUGAUUACAAUGGAGGUUGUGUCAGUACAGGAUAUUGUAUGUGUCAGUGUUCAAUGUGUUUGUGGUAGGUUUAUGUCAUGCAGUAGCUACUAUGGAAGUCUAGAUGGGUUCUCAAGGGUGUCCCCUGCAUUGUGUCCACCCCAGACAAUGGAGACAAUUUUGCAACUUCUUUAUGCAUGUU